AUGUUCCACAACCCAGGGAGCGCUCCCUCAGGGGCUCCAGAGCGUGGUGAAGGCCUCUUCGGGCAGAGUGGACGCCCACAAGGUCAGCAAGGGGCUCCCUCGGCAGCUGCCGGCGCAGCGCGGGCACCGCUUACCACUCACGAACCCACAGUGCGCCGGCCAACGAAGCGCAGCAAGGCUCAUAGCUCAAAGUACAAAGUGAGAAAGCAUGGUGGUCCCAUUUCGACGGGCAUGGGCCCAUGGGAGGGUGGCCCUGACGCUGAGAACAGUCCUCACGCUGCAGUACCUGCAUCAGAUGAUCCGAGUGCACGCCGCGGCCACGGCAGGCGCAGGGUCCGUCCGCAACACUUGCACUCUGGGAGCUCCGAGGAAAUCACGGGUUCUGUGCGGAAACACGCGUCCAAGACUAUCAUUGGCAAAUUGGGAAUGGCUGCGGGCACCGCUGCUGCAGCAGGCCGCACUGCAUUGAUGGAGCAGAAGAGGAAACUCUACAAAGACACGACGCAGCAGCCGUUAUGGGGCAUCCGCAAGUUGACGAUAAAUCCAAUAGACAAAGACGACCUGCGCCGUUUCCCCGGAAACGCAGUCAACACUACCAAAUAUACUGUUAUGUCAUUUCUGCCCAAGGCCUUGUGGAAGCAAUUCCACAGACUACCGAACUGGUGGCUGGCAUUGGUGCUCAUCUUAGAGUUUAUUCCUUUGCCUCGCUUCCAUCCUCUCACUCCGUGGAGCACUUUUCUUCCUUUGGUCCUAACACUGGGGCUGUGUCUGGCUAAGGAGAUGCUCCUGGAUUUGCAACGUCGCGCCACCGACAGAUGGCGAAACUGUCGCGUGUGCACCAUCAUAGAUGGUCGACGGCCUCAGCUGAAGAUGGUGCACUGGGAGGCACUGCGUGUAGGCAAUAUAGUGCGUUUAACAGAUGACGAGGAAGUGCCUGCGGACGUGGUGGUGCUGGCCACCUCAAACCCUGAGGGCAUAGCUUACGUGGAAACCUCUAAACUGGACGGGGAGACGACCCUCAAGUUUAAACAAGGUGUUAAGGAGACACGCACGGAGACCUACCCUUUGGCCAUAGCCGGCAUCAGGGGGCGCGUUGUCUGCGAGAAGCCCACAAGCUCUAUGGACAGCUUCAGCGGUAGCCUCAAACUUGAUGCGCAUCCCCGCGCAACUUCGCUAGACCUCUCAAAUUUCAUUCAUAGGGGAGCUCACAUUCGAAAUACGGAGUGGGUGUAUGGUGUUGUGGUCUACACCGGCCACGACACUCGGACUCUUCGCAGCGCCAGGCACCCCAGCCUUAAAUUCGCUCACAUAGAGAGUGAGGUCAACUCCUACACCAUCGUGUCCUUCUUCAUCAUUGCUUUGCUCAUCCUCAUCUCUGUCAUGAGCAAAUCCAGCGUUCAGGAUCGCGAACGGGUGAACAUUGGGCGGGAUGAAUUUCCGAGCUCGACUGCAUUUUUGCUGGGGACGACUGAGGCCUUACAGAAUCCUUGGCUUGCCAUAAUCCGUUACAUGACUCUUUUCCUAGCUGUUAUUCCGGUUUCCUUACCGUUUGUUCUGGACAGCGCGUACUGCAUUCAAGCUUGGCUGAUUCAAGGAGACGCGGCGAUGACUGUCGGCGCCCCACAGCAGCCUCUGGGGUCCUCUUUCGGCUUCGGUUUUGGGCUUGCGCAUGCGCAGAGUCGUGCCCGAAUGCAGGCGCGCCGUACGGAGGUAGGACUGAAUGCAACGCAAACUAGCACCAACAACUUGGCCAGCCCGGCGGAGUCAUGGGGACCCGGAGCUUCUGGCGACUGUUCCAGACGAAAGACUACCAUGAGUAGGGAGACCCGGAGCCCUACUAUUGGGAAUGAAACAGAACACAAGAACACAGAUCCUUUUACUGGGGAGACGCAGAACUCGCCCAAUAUGCGCAGUUUUGCAGAGGCAAAGGGAGAUAGCACGUGGCCAGCGGUGAGCACUCCCAGCAUUAUUCCAGACCUGGGUCAAGUUGAUUUUGUCUUCAUUGACAAGACUGGGACUCUAACGGGCAACGACAUGACUUUCUCUAUGUGCAGCGUUGUGGGCAGGAUUUACGGGAUGGCGGAUUUCCAUGGUGCUCUGUGGCAGUCAGAUGAAUACCAGUCUCGCAGUGAUUUGCUGGAGCCGGCGAUGGUGGAACAGCUGCGAGCAGCACGCGCAGACAGCACGGCCAGCUCGAGGAGACAUCAGUCCGCUCGAGGGCUGUGGACAUCAGGCCACAUGCAUUACGGCCGAGGCGGCCACCGUGGCUCCAAGGAAAACGUCACAGGAGGCGGAGGUGUCCACUUGGCCUUCUCAACUGCGGGGACCCACGGCAUGCCGGGGGAUUAUGGGCCCAGCCCAAGUCCUCCGACGCCACAGAGCGCCUCUUCUUCUGAUGAGAAAACGUCUUCUCGUGUCUUUUCUCCAACAGUGAGCCGGAGUGGGUCAGUUUUGCAGUACCGGUGGGACUCUGGGCCGCUUAAUUGCAUUCGAAGCUUAGAGGAUAACAGUCCGCGUCCCCGUUAUCGUCCUAGGCUGGGCCGAAUGCAAAGUAGCGCUUCCCGGUUGUCUUCGGCAUCCACGCCACAGUCGCCUGUGCCGGUCGACGACAGCUUGCGGGGAAUGGCCCAGAGACCGGUCAAAAAGAACAUUGCUUUUGCCGUGGAUGAUGCUGAUGAUUCUUGCCGCGAUAAAGCCGAGCGGGUGGGCACACCGUGCAGCUCUGAUGAUAGCUCGUCACAAUCCCGCAGGGAGGCCGUUGCAGCGAGCCCCACCAAUCGUGCAGCAGAAAGGAUUAGUGAUGAUUCUUCGGAGACAAACAGCAAGAAGGACGAAAAGCAGAGAGUUCCUUUCCUGUACGAUAACAUCACUCCUCCUACUCACUUUCGAGCAACCCCGUCAGAUGGCCAAAUCCGUCGGAACUGCGACUUCUAUGAUAUGCAAAUUUUCGAAGAUUUGGCCAAUUGUGACGAGAGGAGUCACCGCGUAAAUGAGUUCCUCAAGUGCAUGGCGCUUUGUAAUACGGUGGUGCCACACUUCAAGGGCGCGGCUGGAGGUGUUGAGACGCUUCUGCCAUCGACAUUCGUACAAAGCUGGAUUACCAGCGGCGGGACCCACACAACGGCAAGCGUCUACGCACGCUCUGCAGGCACUGCGGCCCCCAUUUCCAUGGUUACUCAGAGGCCUAGUACAAGGGCCAGUGGUGUUACUAUGAGGGAUAUAGGAACCAAGCCUACUGAAGACAGAACAGCCUCAGGCGGGGCUCUGUGGCAUUUGCCUUCGAACUCGUUUAACGCCAGCCCUGCUCUCCCGUCGGCCAGCAUGGAGGCAAAUGGCGUGUCCGAUCCGUCGGACGUGCCUCAACCGUCUCUAGCUCGCGGCGAUUCUUGCGAUAGUAACCCACCUCCAGAGGUGCCCUUGAAGCUGGCGAAAAGGCGUAAAAGCCUUGGACGAGGAGUGUCCUUCAAAGAGAUACCUGAGGAAUAUAACUUUCUGAAGGAUGGGGAUGACGCGGGGCUAGAAGACUCUGGUCAGAGCUUCUCAGGAUUGGGAAUGAACAGCAAGUCAAGUGGCGAGUUCGUUUCUCUUGGGCGCGUUUCAUUGCCAAGGCUGAGCAGGGUACACUUCAGAAUCGGCGAACGGAGAAUUCGAUAG